AGCGAUCCCCUCGCCCCAGCUCCCUUCCUCUCCAUCCCCUCCUAAACUCUGUGAAAGCUGCUGUGACUCCCACAGGGGACAGGCCCUCUGUCCCAGCCAGACAGGACCCAGGCACCCAUGCCAGGGAGUCAGGGGGUCAAGGGCUCCCCAGUUGCCCCAGUCACCCACCCCAGAAAGCUUCUCCAGCCCACCCUUCCACCCCCAUCCUCACCCUCCCCACGGCCCCACCCCCAAUUACGCCCGGGCUUUGAGGCUAAUGCUCAACACCUGACCAGCUUAUUCUCUUGAGUCUAUUAUCAGCUUAAGGACCAAAGACAUCUGCUCCCUGCUACCCUCCCUGAGAGCUGAAGGAGUCUUCAAGCCUGGAUCAGAAGAGCAAGGGUCCAGCUGACGGCAUCUCCUCCCGGAUGGGUCUCUGAACAUCUCCACCGCUGAGAGGGCCAGCCCCUCAUCCCCGGAGGGCAAAAUGGCUCAGGACAUGACAGAGAAAGAGCUGCUGAAGAUGGAGCUGGAUCAGCUGAAGAAGGAGGUGAAGAACGAGAGGCAAAUGGUCUCCAAGACCGGCAAAGAGAUCAAGGAGUACAUCGAGUCCAUGGCGGGCGAGGACCCGCUGCUGAAAGGAGUCCCCGAGGACAAGAACCCUUUUAAGGAGAAGGGUGGCUGUACAAUAAGCUGACCCCACCGCUGCUGUCACUGCUGGGCACAGGGAUGUCCCCCUGUGCAAGCCAAGACUGUCAGAAACCUGCUUUCCCUGUAGUCUGACCUCAGCACUGGGGAGUCCAGAACCACAGCGUAGCGCAUCUAAAGGACGGCAAAAGAAAAAAAAAAAAUAGGAAAAGAAAAA